AUGACUGAUGUUCAAGCUUUGCUUUCCCCUUUUCCUACUAGUUCUCCUGAAGCUGUAAUUCGAGCAGUUGGUGAGCUCUUGGAAAAGACCACAAAGCGUUCUAGUGAUUCCACUGCUUACAAGCGACUGCGUGUUUUCUCAGGUGUGGUGCCUACUCCGGCGGGAGAGGAAACCAUGGAGAAUUGGAUUGAGCAGGCUAAGCUGAUGAUAGCAGAAAGUGAUUGUGCUGAAAAAGAGAAGCGUAAGCGCAUUGUUGAAAGCUUAAAGGGUCCUGCCCUUGAGAUUAUCAAGGCAGUUAGAUUGUCUAAUGGUGAUGCAAGUGCAUCUGAGUAUCUUGUUGCGCUUGAAAGUGCGUUUGGGACUUCAGAGUCCGGUGAAGAUUUGUAUUUUGCAUUCAGACUUCUUCGCCAGAACUUCGGUGAAGCGCUGUCUGAGUUUCUCCGUCGAGUAGACAAGUCAUUGACCAAAGUAGUUCAGAGAGGUGGACUACAACCUGCACAAGUUGAUAGAGUGCGAAUUGAGCAACUUCUUCGUGGCGCUGUUGAGUCCGACAUGAUGUUGCUGAAGUUAAGACUGAGAGAGAGAAAAGAAUCCCCGCCUACUUUCUUGAAGCUACUGAACGAGAUUCGUGAGGAGGAAGAAAAUGAAGCUGCCCGGUGUAAGCUUGAUGCCACGGUGAAACCUGUGCUCCCUAAAACGUCACCACCGCCAAAACCCGCUGAAAUUCAAGCAUUGAAAGCUGAGGUCAAGGAGCUGCGUGCCAAGCUGGAAGAGUCACGCAAGGCCCCAGCAUCACCUGAAGCCCCAGAACAGAAAGCAAAGAUGACUUCUGCGAGUGCUGAAGCACGAAUAGACCCUGAAGUACAAAGCUUGAAGACUCAAAGACCUAAAUCUACAUCCAAGGUCCUUGAGGAGAUGUUGUUUGACUUUGGUGAAUCUCCGAUUCCAGAGGUCUGGAGGAACAGGCUGCGUCAGAAGCUAUCCAACAGAGGAAUAGCCACCGAUCCUGAGAAAGUGAGUGCGGUCAAGGACUGGAAGGUGCCUACAGAUCUGAGAUCUUUAAGAUCGUUUCUCGGAUUCUGUGGCUACUACCGAAGGUUUGUUAAGAACUACUCAGCCAUAGUUCGACCCCUCACUGAGCUCACAAAAGGCUACCCUCCUAAGAAUAGGCACAAGGCUGCCCAAGAGAAGAAGUAUUAUUUCAAAGAAGGAGAGCCUUUUGGGGAGCGCUGGGACGAAGAGUGCACCAAGCGCUAUCCCAUCCACCAACUGGAGUUUCUCGCAUUGAAAUGGGCGGUCGUGGACAAGUUCCAUGAUUAUCUUUAUGGUGCUAAGUUCACGGAUGCAGUGAAGUACCAGCAGUAUGUGGAGAACAUGAAAAGAGAACUGCAGAAUGCGUACAAGCUUGCAAAAGAACCAUGA